AUGUAUGUGCCCGGUGGAUGUUCUUCAACAUCCUCUAUCCAUUAAAGAUCCAGUAGGCAGAGCUCUCUGGCCAAUGAUGUUUCUCAGCAUUGUGUUUGUUUUAGGAAGCUCACUGACUGAGAACAAUGAACUCUCCAUGUCUGAGGCAGAGAAAACGCUGGUGAAAAGUCACAGGAACAUUCAGCAAUGGAUGGAAACAAGGCUGAGAAUGUCACCUGGUGAAAUGAGGGUUGUGUUACUGAUCCUGGCUUCUCUGACUGCAGACUCCACAGCCAGUGAUCCGUGUGUAACCCACACUGUCCUGGAUCAGCCCUGGAGGAACUCGGCUUGUAAUAGAACUCGGUGCAGCAGCCGAUGGAUGGAUGAUGGAAAUCUGACGGAAGGGUGGUACAGAUUUAGCAGUUACGACAAUGUGAAGAUUCUUGAGCAUGCAGUUCCAUUCUCUCGCUGCUCUGGGUGGAGUCCCGGCUGGUUAUCUGGUUCCCAUCACAGAGUGGGAGACGGGGAGGUGACCAGGACAGUCUGUUUCAACUGGGUUAGAGACAACCCCAAUAAACACAACUGCCGCACGCAUCAGGAGAUCAAAAUCAAAAAAUGUGAUGGUUAUUUUGUGUAUCGUCUGAAGCCGACACCCGGAUAUUACAGUGUGUAUUGUACAGACUCCGUAUACAGUGACCCAUGUGUAGACCACACCGUCCUGGAUCAGCCCUGGAGGAGCACGGAUUGUUCCAACACUCAGUGCACAAAUGGCCAAUGGAAAUCUGAUGAAAACCUUGUUGAAGGAUGGUACAGAUUCAACAGUUCUGGCGGAUGGAAGAUUCCUGAGACUGACGUUCCAGCGAAUCACUGCUCCGGGAAGAGGCCAGGCUGGUUAAACGGUGACCAUCCCAACGUGACAGACGGGGAGGUGACCAGAGAAGUGUGUUUCGAAGAUGUUGGUGGCGAUGGGUCUGAAGAAAGGUGCAAGGACAAGCUGGACAUCAAGGUUAAAAACUGCAGCAGUUACUUUGUGUAUGAGCUGAUGCCAACACACAAUGACCAGGUGUAUUGUACAGGUACGUGGCUGUUACAUAUUGACAAGAGAUGUGAGGGGUUGUGUGGAAACGCAGGGCUGUCCUGAGUCACUAAUACACCAGAUCCCACCUCAGUUAGUGAUCACUUUUUUUGGUUCCCCCGCACCCUAUCUGAAG